GUUUGACGUCACGUAUUUCCCCGCCCUCUUCAGUGUGGCGAGUGUGUGCAGCGGAGGACGGUGUGUGUUGCCGGUGUUGGAGAGGAGAACGGAACAGACCGGACAGCUUUUACACGGGAAUCGUAACUACUUGCACCUGCAUGUGUGAGUUAUGACCAGGAAUUGAAGUCGUUUGAUUCGUCAGCUAAGAGAAGAACCCAUGAUUCCUAUAUGCCCUGUAGUUUCUUUCACCUAUGUGCCCAGCCGGCUUGGUGAAGAGGCCAAAAUGGCUACUGGCAACUACUUUGGGUUUACCCACGGCGCUGCCGCCCAGUACAGCCAGCAACCAGCAUCAGGCGUAGCCUAUUCGCAUCCAACCACUGUGGGUAGCUACACUGUUCAUCAGGCUCCAGUGGCGGCUCACACUGUGACAGCAGCCUAUGCUCCAUCAGCAGCCACAGUUGCUGUAGCUCGGCCCGCUCCCGCUGCCGUGGCAGCUGCUGCGUCUGCAGCAGCUUAUGGGGGCUAUCCGACAGCUCAUACAGCGACAGAUUACGGCUACGCUCAACGUCAGCAGGAAGCUCCUCCGCCACCACCUCCAGUCACAACACAGAAUUACCAGGACUCGUACUCCUAUGUCCGGUCCACAGCUCCUGCUGUAACAUAUGACAACAAGACUUACUACCAGCAGCCAACCGCAACUGCAGCAGCUGUAGCUGCUCAGCCUCAGCAAUCUGUGGCGGAAUCCUACUACCAAACAGCUCCUUUCGCAUUGUCUCUUCCAGUUGCCCCCAAGGUUGGCUACAGCCAGGGUGCUGCUCAGUACACACAAGCUCAACAGACUCGGCAAGUGACAGCGAUCAAGCCUGCCAACCCAAAUCCAGCAACAACUACCUUCUCCAUAUAUCCCGUGUCCUCCACUGUGCAACCUGUUGCUGCCACUGCGGUUCCCUCGUACACACAGGGCGCCACCUACAGCACAACUGCUGUUACUUACUCUGGUGCGGCAUACUCGGGUUAUGAAGCAGCAGUGUACUCGGCUGCCUCUUCCUAUUAUCACCAACAGCAGCAGCAGCAACAGCAAAAACAGGCGGCGGCUGCUGCAGCGGUGGCCGCCUCUGCCGCCUGGACUGGGUCCAACUUUACUAAGAAAACUACUUUUCAGAAUAAGCAACUGAAGCCUAAACAGCCUCCCAAACCACCUCAGAUCCACUACUGUGAUGUCUGUAAGAUUAGCUGUGCUGGACCUCAGACGUACAAGGAGCAUUUAGAAGGCCAAAAGCACAAGAAGAAAGAGGCGGCCUUAAAAGCCUCCCAAAACACAACCAGCAGCAGUACAGCAGUCCGCGGGACCCAGAACCAGCUCCGCUGUGAGCUCUGUGAUGUGUCGUGUACAGGGGCAGAUGCCUAUGCUGCCCACAUCAGGGGUGCUAAACACCAAAAGGUUGUGAAGUUGCACACCAAACUUGGCAAACCCAUUCCGUCAACAGAACCAAAUGUCGUGAACCAGUCUGUCACCUCGGCAGCUGUCUCCAAGUCAGCUGCCUCAUCAAACAGUACAUCCAGCUCCUCUCUUACUACACCUGCUUCAAAACUGUCCACGUCUACAUCCGGCUCAUCUGUUGGCACUAUGGGAGCAAGCAAACUGUCUACCAUCUCAUCUAACAACAUCGUUAAGAAAAUAACCACGCCAAAAAUAACUUUUGUGGGUGGUAAUAAAUUGCAGUCCACUGGGAAUAAGAUUGAAGACAGCAAAGACGGUGUUAAGGUUACUCCUAGUUCCAGUGUGCAGUCACCCGAAUCCAAGAUGGAUGCAAUGUCCGAAGCUGCUCAGACCCUUGCUGCUCUUCAGAGUGAUGUCCAGCCUGUGGGUCAUGAUUAUGUUGAAGAGGUACGAAAUGAUGAAGGAAAAGUUAUCAGAUUCCACUGUAAGCUGUGUGAAUGCAGCUUUAAUGAUCCCAAUGCUAAAGAAAUGCAUCUUAAAGGGAGGAGGCAUCGGCUGCAGUAUAAGAAAAAGGUAAACCCAGAUUUACAGGUGGAAGUGAAGCCAAGCAUUCGAGCCAGGAAGAUCCAAGAGGAGAAGAUGCGGAAACAGAUGCAGAAAGAAGAAUACUGGCGAAGGCGAGAAGAGGAGGAGCGGUGGAGGAUGGAGAUGAGGCGCUACGAAGAAGACAUGUACUGGAGGAGAAUGGAGGAGGAGCAGCAUCAUUGGGAUGACCGACGGAGAGGACCGGACGGAAGCUAUCACCACGGUCCCCCUGGACCUCCUGGAUUAUUGGGAGUGAGACCAGGGAUGCCACCACAACCACAAGGGCCAGCUCCUCUACGGCGACCAGAUUCCUCCGAUGACCGAUAUGUUAUGACCAAACAUGCCACCAUCUACCCAACAGAGGAGGAACUGCAGUCUGUGCAGAAAAUAGUGUCUCUGACUGAACGCGCAUUAAAACUGGUCUCUGACGCCAUGGCUGAACAAGACAAGAGUAAGGUGAAGGAGACCGAAGAGAAGAAGGAUCUUAGCAAAGAGAGAGCACUGAAGGGAGUCCUGCGUGUUGGUGUUCUGGCAAAAGGAUUGCUUCUGCGUGGUGAUCGAAAUGUCAGCCUUGUUUUACUCUGUGCUGAAAAACCAACUAAGUCUUUGCUUACUCGUAUAGCAGAGAAUCUUCCCAAGCAGCUUACUGUGAUCAGCCCUGAGAAAUAUGAGGUGGUGUCUUCCAUUCCGGAAUCUGCUAUUAUUUUAAAUUCCUGCGUAGAACCUAAAAUGCAGGUCACAAUAACGCUGACCUCUCCGAUCAUGAGAGAAGAAAACUCGAGGGAUGGAGAUGUAACCUCGGGUAUGGUGAAAGACCCACCGGACGUCUUGGACAGGCAAAAAUGCCUUGACGCUCUGGCUGCUCUCCGCCACGCUAAGUGGUUCCAGGCUAGAGCCAAUGGUUUGCAGUCCUGUGUAAUCAUCAUCCGUAUCCUGCGUGACCUGUGCCAGCGUGUGCCAACAUGGUCUGACUUUCCAAGCUGGGCAAUGGAGCUGUUGGUGGAGAAGGCAAUCAGCAGUGCUUCUAGUCCCCAGAGUCCCGGAGAUGCCUUAAGGAGAGUUUUCGAGUGCAUUUCAUCUGGUAUCAUUCUGAAGGGUGGUCCAGGCUUACUUGAUCCUUGUGAAAAGGAUCCCUAUGACACUCUGGCUACAAUGAAUGAACAGCAGCGGGAGGAUAUAACUUCUAGUGCACAGUUUGCACUGAGGCUCCUUGCAUUUAGACAGAUCCACAAAGUCCUCGGUAUGGAUCCUCUGUCCCAGAUGAACCAACGCUUUAACAUUCACAAUAACCGCAAGCGAAGGCGAGACAGCGAUGGUGUGGACAGUUUCGAAGCCGAAGGGAAGAAGGACAAAAAAGACUAUGAUAACUUCUAAUGAAGGGCACAAAGAUGCCCACCCAUGCACAGCUCGUGCUCAGUUUCCCACAAAAAAUACAUUUCCACUAAUAGAGGUCUUUCAUCAUGUCUGCGGCAGGGUUACAUGUCCUGGCACAACUGUCUCGUUGUUACCCUUGCUUCAUACUGAUGUAGAACCUCUGGGGUUGUUAAUAGGUUAAAUAUUUGUAUAGCUGUUAAAAUUUAGAAGCUAUUUUCCCCUGGCCAGAUUGAUAUAACCACCAACACAAUUUACUGUUCAGUAGGGGCCGUGCAUGUCUUUAGACGUGCCGUCUCCUUGUGAUCUGGAUAGGUAUUCUUAGUUAAGUUUUUAGGGCAACUGGGAUGCCCACUCACUCCCUGUGCAGUGUCUUUUUAUCUUGUAGUUGUAGUAUUUAAUUUUCAGUUGUGCUUUUGGUUUUGUGUUUUUAAGUUUUAUUAAAAUAAAACCUAAUUAACAAUAAAAGGCGACAGGGGAAAAGGGACCGCUUACUUUAGUUGUAAGUUACUUUAUUAGAUAUGGCAUGAGCCUUCACUAAUUCUUUUCAGUUCUUGUCUCUGUAAAUCGAUACACAUGUACGUAUUGUGUGAAAACUAAAACACUUUUCUUGUUUCGUUUUUCCAAUUGCAGCAGUCAGAAGUAAACAUUUCUGGAAAUCUCGUGGCAUUAGUGUCAAUGGUUUAUAUAGUUGUAACUAAGGCAGCUUCCUGUCUAUAUUUGUUUGCUCUUAGUUGUGCUAAGGACAGAGUAAAGCUAAUAUAUUCCUUUGUUACGGUCUUUCAUACACAGAUGCUGCCAGUACUGCAUGAAUGCAUUUAUUUUUAUUUUUAUUCUCAAAUUUUUUUUUUUUUAUUUUUUUUUUUUUUUAAUAGAAUGGCUUUUAUAGUAAUAGGUCUUUUUGCCUCCAUUUGCAAAUUUUCUUCAGGUGUUGAUGUGCAGCAAGGCUAAUGUGAAUGAAGCAUAAAGUUCAGCGAGUUUAAGCCUUCUAAGGCAUGACAGGCAACAAUAUCUCGCAAGUCACUUGUAACUCUGUGACUUGUGGGAACAUUAGAAAGAUAAUUCCAUAAAAAUAAAAAAAAUCAAGUUCCAUCA